CAAAAUUCAGAAGAGAAGCUUAGGACAAAAAUACACAACUUAAAAAAUAGAGGAAAAUAAUAGAAUAUGCUUAUAUGGUGGAUAUUGCAGGAAACCCAGACCUUCCAUGCUCAAAGGGAUGAGAGAGACAGCCAUAGAGGUUGAAGUUAGAUAGAAGGAAGAAAAAAAGAGAGGAGAGAGAGAUUAGAUGGUGGGAGAGGAUAUGGGGGUUUAAGAGAGGGUUUUAGGUCCACCAACUGGUGGUUAGAGAUUGAGCUCCUUAACCAAACACUUGAGCAUCACCAGCCAAAGAAAGAAUUAAGCAUAGCAAAUUGUAGAAGAAGAAGAAGAAGAAGCAAAUAACAGCAAAGUCAAGUACCCAACAACUUUUCCCCAACUGGGUUUCAAGCAAAAAACUAAGAAAAGCAAAGAAACCCACCAAAGCCCCAAAAGGAGAAUCCAUUUCUGGAAAAGGAAACAAACCCACAUACUUUGAAAGAGAAAGUCAUCAUUUUUCUUGAGUGACUCAGUGAAACACUUUCUCUGUGUGUUUUUUUUUUUUCUGUGUGCGUGUGAGUCUCACGUGGGGUUUGAUUCAGUGAUGGGUGGAGAAUAUCUAUGAUUGCAAAAAAACAGAGCAAAAGUGAAAAAUUCAUAGCUCUCAUCUCACUUAUUUUCUCACACAGAAAAGAUAUUGUUUUUUCCUUUUUGUGGGUUUUUAUUGUUGUUAAAUAAUAGAGUUGUUGUUGUUGGUGUUCUUGGGAUCGGAAAGUGUUUGGUUCUGAGAGGAUUGUGUUCUAGCGAUCGGGUGAUGUUCUCUAAGACUUUUCUGUUCCCCACACAACCCACAACUGUUACCAGUUUCCAGUGUUGGGGAUGACCGUAAUCUGACUCAAAUAACUGGGCAAUAAGGAGCAGAGAAAAGUAUGUCAGCUUAUUAUACUGGUUCGAAUAAUCAAAAAGAUGCCACGCCAAUGCUCUAUUUAAGGGAACCUUUGCCUAGUUCAUAUCCAGAAGCACCUGUUCUUCCUGGUAACAUGAUGAUGUAUAUGAACUCUGGGUCAUACUCGGAUGCAUUGGCUGGUAGUUCUCAGCAGCAAAACAACUGCAUUGACGUAGUCUCCUCCGCGGGGGCUUCAGAUAACAAUUCACAGCAGCAGGAUGUUUUAUCGCAUCUCGGUGGCUCCCGUGUUGGAGAGCAAGGAUUCAGUCCAUGGAGGGAGGGUAGAAAUGAGAUGCUAGUUACGCACCCCAUGGGUGGUUCUGCAGCUAUUCUUCAUGGCGGACAGAACUUGCAAGGUCAGGGAUUAUCCCUCAGUCUCAGUACACAAAUACCAUCAGGAAUGCAAAUGCCUUCUAUCCCAUACCGCAAUCCCAAUAUGGGUUUUGCUUCAUUCUUAAGUCCAAAUCCAUCAAUCUCAAGUGAGGGUGACUGCAGGAAUGGCUCUUUUAGAGAUGAACAGCCAAGGAAUGUUGAAUAUUUGCAAUCUGGUUUUCCUGGAGGCAAUCCAGAUUCAAGUAAAGGGGAUUUGUCUCCAUAUGGGAUGUCAAGUAUUGCAAGAGCCAUUCCCAAUAACAAAUACCUCAAAGCAGCACAACAACUUCUUGAUGAAGUUGUCAAUGUCCAGAAAGCACUGAAGCAGCAUGAUAGGGAGAAGAACCAAAGCACACAUGAGCAUCGAGAUGAUGGAUCAAAGAAUGAGCUCGAAAGUGGAGUAUCUUCGAACCCUCAAGACACAGCCAGUAACUCGCAAUGUGAGCUUUCACAUGCUGAGAAACAAGAGUUGCAAAGCAAGUUGACGAAGCUUCUGUCUAUGUUAGAUGAGGUUGAUAGAAGGUACAAGCAGUAUUACCAUCAGAUGCAAAUUGUGGUAUCAUCGUUUGAUGUGAUAGCGGGAUGUGGGGCAGCUAAACCAUACACAGCAGUUGCCCUCCAGACUAUUUCACGCCACUUUCGAUGCUUACGUGAUGCAAUCACAGGGCAGAUACGAGCAACCCGUAAAAGCCUUGGGGAGGAAGGUGCAUCAGGAAGCAUUAAAGGAGUUGGAAUAUCUCGCCUCCGUUACGUGGACCAGCAACUCAGGCAACAGAGGGCCCUUCAGCAACUUGGUAUGAUGCAACAGCAUGCAUGGAGGCCACAAAGAGGUUUGCCAGAAAGCUCUGUUUCGAUUCUGCGAGCAUGGCUGUUUGAGCACUUCCUUCAUCCCUAUCCGAAGGAUUCUGAUAAGAUCAUGCUAGCAAGGCAGACAGGCUUGACUAGAAGUCAGGUCUCAAACUGGUUUAUAAAUGCACGGGUGCGUCUCUGGAAGCCCAUGGUCGAGGAGAUGUACAAAGAAGAGGCUGGUGAUGCGGAAAUGGACUCCAAUUCUUCAUCUGAGAAUGCACCUCAAACGAAAAAAAGUGACAUGAGGACCAUGGAAGAUGGAGUAGAAGAUAUGCAGCCUAGUGCUAGUUCGACAUGCACUGAGAGAUGCAGCACUGGACAAUUUAUGGACUCCAAAUCCGACCAUUUCCAUGAUGUGGAAAUGGCUGGAUCCACUGGGUCUGCCAGUUUCCAAAAUGGGACUCGUCGCGAAGCUGAAGCUCAGUACGGGCUGGUGAAGCUUAGAGAGGGGCAAAGGGCUGGUAUGGAUGACUGUAGCCUCUUUUCUGAUCCAAAUGUUCACUCUGAUAGGAGCAGUGAGAGGUAUAUGGAAGCAGCUGAUGCAUACCACAUGCCGGAGUUGGGGAGAUUUGGAAGUGGAAGCGGGGUGUCUCUGACAUUGGGGUUGCAGCAUUGUGAUGGUGGUAGCCUGCCCAUCUCUACUGGAACUCAUCACAGUUUUGUUGCCAUGAGAGGGGAUGAUUUAUACAAUCCUGCAGCUUCUUCUGUAGGAUCUGAGACAGCAGAUUUUGAAUGCAUGGAUUCUGGGAACCAGCAACACAGAUUCGGUUCCUCCCAUCUUUUACGUGAUUUCGUCGUGUGAAGAUGCUUCAUUGCAUAUCCACAUUGCUUAUUUUCAACCUAUUCUUAGGGGGAGAGACAACAGACAUUGAUAGGCUUUGGACUCCGCGUUUAGAACAUUCAUCUUUGCUUGCAAAUGGUGAAAAGAAACAUUGUACUCCUCCAGACAUGAAAACAUACUAGUACAGUUGUAUUAUAUGAAGAAAUUGAUUGAAAGAUCAGCAUAUUUGUAAAGAUAAGAUACAUAUUUCUUUUUUGGUUUAAUAUGUGGAAGGGGAAAAAAGUGUACAAUCAGUGCCAAUUGUGGUAAUGGUAUUGAAGAAAAAAAUUUAUAUUAUAGUUUGCAAUAAAACUUCCUG